UUCACUCCAAUGUCACUCUCUGUGCCAUUUUACAUUCACACACAAACACAAAAAGACUCACUGGCCUCUUAUUGCUGUUGACAAGAAUCUCUUCUCCUUGCGCGUCACUGCUAUAAGUUUAGGUCUCUAAACCCUUGAGAGCAUCUCCUUCUUCCUUGGAGGUGAGGAGGAUCUGCGAUGGGCCGAUCGCCAUGCUGCGAAAAGGUGGGCCUGAAGAAGGGGCCAUGGACACCGGAGGAGGACCAGAAGCUGCUGGCCUACAUCGAGGAGCAUGGCCAUGGGAGUUGGCGAGCAUUGCCUGCGAAAGCUGGACUGCAGAGGUGUGGGAAGAGCUGUAGACUGAGGUGGACAAAUUAUCUGAGGCCUGAUAUCAAAAGGGGGAAGUUCAGUUUGCAGGAAGAGCAGACCAUCAUUCAACUUCAUGCUCUUCUUGGAAACAGGUGGUCUGCAAUAGCCACCCAUCUACCCAAGCGAACCGACAAUGAGAUCAAGAACUACUGGAACACACACCUCAAGAAGCGGCUGGCCAAGAUGGGGAUCGAUCCGGUGACCCACAAGCCCAAGAGCGACGCCCUCAGCUCCGGCGAUGGCCAGUCCAAGAGCUCCGCCAACCUCAGCCACAUGGCCCAGUGGGAGAGCGCCCGCCUCGAAGCCGAGGCCCGCCUCGUCCGGGAAUCCAAACUCCGCGCCGCCGCACAGUUCCAACCGCAGUCACCCUCCUCCUCCGCCCCUCCACUGCCUCCGGCGCCACCAGUCAACAAGUCGGUGGCUCCCCCGGCGCCUCCCCCUCCCUCUCUUGAUGUCUUCCGAGCAUGGCACGGAGUCUGGUCCGCCAAACCAACCACCGGAAACCCAGGUGGAAGGAUCGAUCUCGAGUCGCCAACAUCCACCUUGAGCUUCUCGGAGAACGUCCUGCCGAUCAUUGGCGGCGGGCUAGUCGAUGGCAAUUCCACAGUGUGUCAUCUAGGAGCAGCUCAGGAGCUGGAAGAAGAACAAGACUUGGAGUGGAAGUGCUUCGAGAAGCAACCACUCAGAAUGGUGGAGAUCAAAGAUAAUAGAAUUGAUAGCUUUGCUAGCUUUUCGAUGGACACCACGUCGGUCUUCGGUGGUGAGUCCUCGCCGUGGCUUCCGGAGUCGUCGAGCAUAGGGACCGGGUCCUCCAGUGGGGAAUUCGGAGCAGGGUUCACGGGCAUGCUGCUGGAUAGCUCUGAUGACCGGAAUUCUUCGGAUGGGCGCGGAGAUUCUGACAACUUGGAGGGUGGAAGUUGUGUGGAAGAGGAGGGGAAGGAGGGGGAGGAGAGCAAGAACUAUUGGAACAGCAUUCUUAAGUUGGUCAAUUCGACAUCCCCCUCGAGUUCGCCGCCUGUGUUCUAGAAAUGGUGCUAUCGACUAGAA